AAGGCGGGAGGUUGAGCCUCGCCCCCCCAGUGAUUGGCCACAACUGUAGUCGGCGCCGCCUCAGGAUUGGCUACUCAAAGAGACGGACGCGGACCGACAAGCGAGUGAGGAGAUUUGCUGGUAGGACUCGGCGGCGGGGUGGCCGGCCGGCAUUGGCAAUAGGGCCUGGGCGCUUAGGUGAAUCUCAGCGGCCUCCGUUCGUGUCGAGGGUGGAGUUCCACGGAGAAAUCCUUUCGCGCGGAGGCUUGAGUGGUUUUCGUGGCUGGCUCUGACCGAGGAGGUGCUGAGAAGUUGGUGGCUUCUCGGGCUGGAGGACACGCGGCGCUCAGUUUCGGCGCCUGAAGGCUCCGUCCAUUUCUCCCUAGCGAGAGGAAGGAGAAAAAGAAGAGCCGGGGCCCUGGCAGAGACGUCCGCCGUAGCACUGCCCACUUUCCCCUCUCCAGCUGCUUUGCUCCCAGUGGAGUGGAGCCUUUUCUUUUCUUCUGCUAAUAACAGACUCUGAACCCAGGCAGGCCUCGGCCCCGGAGCGUGUCAAGCAGUAACGGAGUCUCUGAGCAUGUGCAGUGUUGCGUCCUCCUGAUUUGAGUCAUCGCAGCAGCCCGUCAUCAUCUGUCUAGGAAUCAGGGCGCUCCCGGUCUGACUUCUGUCUAGGAUGACUAUGGAUCAUCUGUAUUUCAGCAAACUGAGGUGGCUAGGUUUCAAGUUUGUGAAGACCGUGCAUCAUUCCAGAUGAUCUGCUGGCUUAAGCACCUGAUUAGAGUGAUGUUUGAACAAGUUGGAACAACUAUGGAAUCUUUGCUUUGGUCAAGUAAGCCUUAUGGUCCCAAUAGAAGUAUUGUAAGAAAAAUUGGCACCAACCUCUCUCUAAUACAAUGCCCAAGAGUUCAGUUUCAGCUUACUUCUCAGUCUGCAGAAGGCAGUCGUUCUAGCCAGUUGAGAGAAGAUGGAGUAGCCUCCCUUGCAGAUGUGGGAUGGGUUGCUGAAGAAGGUGGUGAAGUCUCUACACGGCUCAGGUCAGAAGUCUGGCCCAAAUCCCAACCAUUCUCCAGAGAUGAAAGCUGCUCAGGAGGAGCCCCAAGUAUUCAAGUACCUUUGCCAACACAAUCAGAAGAGAAGUCAGACUCCAAAACUGUAGUGGCUGCAAAUGAUGAAGCGUUGCAGAAAAUCAAUGCAUUAGAAAAUGAACUUGCCAGCUUAAGAGCGCAAAUUGCCAAAAUUGUGAGCUUGCAAGAACAGCAGAACCUGACAGCAGCUGGAAUAAGUUCUGCGGCAUCAACUUUUGUCCCACCAGGAGUGCUAGCACCACCACCUCCACCACCGCCACCUCUGCCUCCACCACCCCCUCUCCCCCAGAGUACCUCUGCCAUUGACCUUAUUAAGGAGCGCAAAGGAAGAAGACUACAUUCUGGACAGACUUUGACAGAUAAUACUCCAAAGAAGCCAGAAAUACCAAACAUGCUAGAAAUCCUCAAAGAUAUGAACAGUGUAAAACUACGAUCAGUGAAGAGACCAGAUGAAGGUACAAAAAGAAAAACAGCUGACCCAACUGAUCCUGCAGCUCUAAUAGCUGAAGCACUCAAAAAGAAAUUUGCUUAUCGAUACCGAAGUGACAGCCCAAAUGAAAGUGAAAAACAGACCUCAGUAUCCGAAGCAAAGCUGUUCCGUCUCCCUGUAUCAUGGGCUCCUUGCUUCUGCCCAUCACCUUUUCUGCCAACAUACAGCUGUUCUUCUUCUGCUUUUGGGCCACACAUACUGAAGUCUACAGGAAAAAUGAAGAUGCUAAUUGAAAAAUGUUAAGCAGGAAGAAAAACUUACUGCUUGAGGAAAUCGAAUGUCUAAGGGAUUGUACUGAAACAUGCCUCUAACUUCUAGUGGUGAUAGUGUAAGGAACAACACUUGCACUCGGAUAAAGCUUCUUACUACAGAAAUGCCCUUAUAUGAUAGGUCUUUAACACUAAUUUUAUCUUUUGUGUAUUUUGAUCAGCCUUAAACAACUUGUAUGAACAGAAUGAUCAAAAUGAGUUAUAGCUCCAGUGUAAAGUCUGAUGACUGGAUUGUGUACUAUUGCAUUUUAGCUUGGAAAUUACAUUUUGAAUUAUUUUUGUAUUAGGAUUCAGUCUCAUGCUGUGCUCUUAUUGCCUCAGUUAUAAUUGAAGCACAAAGAUUUCAGUGCAACCACAAUGCUUCUCAUGUCAUGCACUGUGAAGAAAAGACCUCAAAACUUUAUUUAUUACUCAGCAAUAUGAACUUCAGUGCUUAGUAUGCCUUAUCCAGGGAACUUUCCCUGAAGUGUCUUACUCUUGCUUUGUACCACCUGCUGCAGUGGCAGCAUAUGUGUAGGCAUUGCACUUGCCAAAGAUUGAACCACUUUUUUAUACAGGCCUAAAAUCUGUGACUUCAAGGGAAUGAAAACAAUGCUGUUACAGAAGACUGGGAAGGCUGCAUAUCAUGAAUUAGCAAGUUGGGGAAACUAGUGCAGAUCACACGACUUACCACUGAAGUAAAGUGCAUUUCACUUCUCAGGGUUACCAGACACAAGUCCCAAUUGAUACUUAACACUAAAGAAUAGUAGAGUACUAGGAACAAGCUAAUACAUUUGGGGAAGAACUCUAACUUGGUGUUAAAAUUUUGCAUGCAGAAUAUUCCAGUUUUAAUCCCUGGAUCCGAGGUUGAUUGGGAAUCCAUGACCAAUCAGUGUAGAUGGUACUGAGCUACACAAACAUACAUGAUUUGGUAUAAGGUACAUACAUAUGUUCAUAUGACUAAAGGACCAUAGCCUGAAAACUCUAGAACAAGCCAUAGGUUGAUUUGUAAUGAAUUAUAGCUGACAUGCCAAAAUGAAGGUUGAAGUUUUCUCUCUCCUCAUGCGUGCGGUGGGGAGUAUGUAUGCCCCAAAGCACCCUUAGACCUGUGUGAAUAUACCUAAACCAUGGUUUAACAUUGCAUAUGAACCAGGCUUAUAUAUUUUUAAAAGUUAACAACAUCCAGUUUGCAGUUUUUCCCUGCUAGAUGCUUGUCAUCUGAAGUAUUAGUGCCAGCAGACGGGUUAGUUCUAGAUCACAAAUCCAUUUGCUGUUAUAAGAGUUCAGUAGGAAUUUGUCUUUGUUAAAGGAAACAAGACAGGAGCCACUUGGUUCUUUGUUUGAAAAAUACUUUACUUUUGAGGAGAAACUGCAGUUUAGGUUCUGUUGCAGGUGGGAAACAUUUCUAAACUGAACUUUCUAAAUAAAGCCCAGAUCUCCUGGUUGAAAUUAGAAUGUCUAAGUGCUUGUUUUAGGAACUUGUUGCUUGGAUGUCUCAAGUUGUGUGGGUUUAGAGCAAAUUCAGUCAAGAUGUUAGGCACUGACUAGUGAUGGCCCUGAAAUGUUAAAAUCAUUUAAAAUUGUAUGAUGAAUUAUUAUUUAACAUUUGAAGCAUUUUUGCUUUAAGGACAUAUUUGUCCUCUAAGGACAUUAGUAUUUAAUCCUGCAUUACCAUAUACAAAAUAAACAGUAAAAUGCU